AACUUUACAUCGUCUUUAACAUGUUGCCAUUACUCGAUUUAACUGCAGGUGAUCCAUUCUGCUCUGCUUCUGCCGCUUUCUUUGGUAUGAUGGGAUGCGCUUCUGCUCUUAUCUUUGCUAACUUGGGUUCUGCCUAUGGUUCUGCUAAGGCUGGUGUUGGUGUUGCUCACUUGGGUAUCAUGGACCACAGACUUGUCAUGAAGGGUAUCGUUCCAGUUAUUAUGGCUGGUAUCUUGGGUAUCUAUGGUUUGAUCGUUUCUAUUAUUAUUGCUGGUUCCAUUAACGUUAAGAGUGGUUACUCAACAUACUCUGGUUAUGCUCACUUGGCUUCUGGUUUGUCUUGUGGUUUGUCCUCAUUGGCUGCUGGUUUGUCUAUUGGUGUUGUCGGUGAUGCUGGUGUUCGUGCUUAUGGUAAACAACAAAAAGUUUUCGUUGGUUUGAUUUUGAUCCUCAUUUUCGGUGAAGCUCUUGGUUUGUAUGGUUUGAUCGUUGCCUUGGUCGUUUCUAUGAUCGGAGGUGGUCCAAAAUGCCCAGCAAUUAAGGAUGCCCAAUAAAUAAUUUUCAGAAAUAAUAAUUUUAAAUAA